GACCGCAGUACACACAGACACCGCGCUCCAUCUGUCUGCAUUGUGAAGCAGAGAUGCCGUCGCUGUUUGCCAUCCUCGGCUGAGACUGCGACAGACUGGCCCUGUGUAAACGUUGUCAGUGCGGGGUAACCUGUUACUGGUGACAGUCGACGACGACAAAUGCUCGAGACCCUCGCGCAGCAUCCCCUGUCCGAUGGUGAGGAAGACGACCGGCGCAGUGAUGGGACAGUUUUCGGGGGGAUGCUACCGGAGUUUGGUCAUCCUCGUGUUUCUCGGGUUGCAGUUCCCUUGUACGGUGGCACGAGGUUCCAGGAGUGAUGCUCUGCAGCAUGGCACAUCAGGGACCCUCCCCCACUUCCUGCAGGAGCCCGAUGAUGCCUACAUCAUCAAGAGCAACCCCAUCAAGCUCAAAUGCCGGGCCCACCCCGCCCUGCAGAUCUUCUUCAAGUGCAAUGGGGAGUGGGUCCACCAGAGCCAGCACCAGUCUCAGGAACACACCGACCAGGGCACAGGGCUGAAGAUCCGGGAGGUGAUGAUCAACGUGUCUCGUCAGCAGGUGGAGGACUUCCAUGGCCCUGAGGACUACUGGUGUCUGUGUGUGGCCUGGAGCCACCUGGGCACCUCCAAGAGCCGCAAGGCCACCGUACGCAUCGCCUACCUGAGGAAGAACUUUGAACAGGACCCCCAGGGGAGGGAGGUUCCCAUUAAAGGCAUGAUUGUGCUGCAUUGCCGUCCACCAGAGGGAGUGCCUGUCGCAGAGGUGGAGUGGUUGAAGAAUGAGGAGCCGGUGGGCUCAGAUGGGAAUAUCGACACGCGAGCGGACCACAACCUGAUCAUCCAGGAGGCACGUUUGUCUGACUCGGGAAACUACACGUGUCUGGCCAGCAACAUCGUGGCCAAGAGACGCAGCCUCACCGCCACUGUGGUCGUUUUUGUGAACGGAGGGUGGUCAUUGUGGACAGACUGGUCCACCUGUAACGUGCGCUGUGGGCGGGGGGUCCAGAAACGCUCCCGUACCUGCACCAACCCCGCCCCUCUCAAUGGGGGCACCUUCUGCGAGGGCAUGUCUGUCCAGAAGAGUACCUGUAAUGCCCUCUGCCCAGUGGAUGGUGGCUGGGGAGAGUGGACAGAGUGGACGGUGUGCAGUGCGGCGUGUGUGAGACAGCGCAGCAGAGAGUGUACAGCCCCGGAGCCCAAACAUGGAGGCAGUCUGUGUGACGGGGCCGCCCUGGGAACAGAUAACUGCACCGGGGGCCUCUGCACUCAGAAUCGAAAGCUGCUACACGACGCCAAGCCACAGGGUCUGGAGGGUAGCAGUGACGUAGCGCUGUAUUCGGGCCUGGCGGCGGGGGUGGUGACUGUGGUGGUGUUGAUUGUGGCGGUGACCCUCUACCGGAGGAACCAGAGCGAGUACGGUGUGGACGUCAUUGACUCCUCCGCCCUCACUGGUGGCUUUCAGUCCUUUAGCUUCAAGACCACCUGCCAAGGCAACCCCCUGUUGAUCAACUCGUCCCUGCAGCCAGACCUAACGGUGUCACGGACCUACACCAGCCCCAUCUGCUUCCAGGAUUCCAUGGAUAAAGAACUAAUUUCCCAGGAGCCUUCGCUCUUCGACCCCCUGCCCGACCUCAAGGUCAAAGUUCACUCCUCUUUCAUGGUGUCCCUGGGCGUGUCAGAGAGGGGGGCCGAGUACCACACCCAGAAAGCCCACCCCCAGACCUUCCCCCGGGGGCUGGCGCCCGACUACAGCGGUGUGGGGGUGGAGGGGACCCUGAGAGGAAGGAGGGAGAAGAGCCUCCUCGCCCCCCAUGCACCGUCUACGCCCUCCAGGCCCCCACUCAGGACGGCCGGGGUGUUCGGACACGCGGGAGGGAGGCUGGUGGUCCCCAAUACAGGCGUGAGUCUGUUGGUGCCCCAUGGGGGGAUAGCUGAGGACACUACCUGGGAAAUGUACAUGGUCAUCAACCAGGAGAACAGCAGCAGCAGUACCCUAUCAGAAGAGAGCCAGGAGGUCCUGCUGAGCCCAGAGGUCACGUACGGUCCACCGGGCCUUGACCUCUCCUGCCCCGUCGCCAUGACGAUAGCCCACUGCGCUGAGGUUGCCGCCGACAACUGGAGCAUCCGUCUCAAGAGGCAGACACAGGAUAACAAGUGGGAGGAAGUGAUGUCGGUGGAGGAGGAGAGCACUUCCUGCUACUGUCUGCUGGAGGCUCAGUGCUGCCACCUGCUGUUGGAGCAUCCAGGGCGCUACGCCCUGGUGGGGGAGCCUCUGAGCCAGGAGGCGGUGAAGAGACUGAGGUUGGCAGUGUUCGGUAGUGCAGACAACACCAAUCCACUGGGAUACAGCCUCAGAGUGUACUGUGUCGACGACACCCCCUACGCAUUCCAGGAGGUGGCGUCGGCCGAGCGGGUGAGGGGUGGUCGUCUCCUGGAGGAGCCCAAGACGCUGCUGUUCAGGGGGAACUCCCUCAGCCUGCAACUCUCCAUCCAGGACGUCCCCCAGUUCCUCUGGAGCAUCAAGCCUUUCACCACCUGCCAGGAGUUCUCGUUCUCUCAGGUGUGGGCUAGUAACCAGCACCCCCUGCAGUGUGCCUUCUCAUUGGAGCGCUACAGCCCCGCCUCCUCCCAGCUGUCCUGUAAGAUCAGUGUGCGCCAGGUCAAAGGUCAGGAGCAGAUCCUCCAGGUCUACACCUCCGUGGUCGAGAGUGAAAAGGAGGUAGUCCCCUUCUUCACUCAGUCGGACUGUACCAUCACAUCACAGAUGGGGUCCAGCGCCUUCAAGAUCCCACUGUCCAUCCGCCAGAGGAUCUGUGCCACCUUCGACACAGCCAACGCCAAGGGCAAGGACUGGCAGCUGCUUGCACAGAAACUCUGCAUAGACAGGAACCUGUGUUACUUUGCGCGUCAGGAGAGCCCAUCGGCGGUGAUCCUCAGCCUAUGGGAGGCCCAGCACCAGGACACAGGGGACCUGGACUCUCUGGCCAGCGCCCUGGAGGAGAUCGGCAAAGUCCACUCCACCUCAAGUAGGACCACCACGCAGACCACCACAAGGACCAGCGCAACACUGGGCCGCAGCACUGAGGAGCUGGACGCUGAGUUCACCUAACCAGGGGAGGGAGGAAUGGAUGAACUGGAGCCCCAGCAGAGGAUCACAAGGCUGGGCAUGAACUAGCCUAAACAUGGGAGGAAUGGAUGGACCCUUACAGUGGAGGAGGUCGUACAGAAGACUCCAGUGGACUAAUCCAGCCAGGGGAUGAUUGGACAGAGAGCAGACAUGACUAAGGACUACAGGGGAACUAACAAACUACUGUAACUAAAGUCAGACCACCAGGCUGAAUGGAGGGGGAAGAGGGACAAGAUGAUAAGGGAACAAGAGGUGCUAGAGGAGAAGGGUACAAGGGAGAGAGGUAAAAAGGGUGAGGGGGAUAAGGGUUCGAGAGGGGAGGGGUGCAGGCCAGGGCUAGGGGUGCAAGAGGAGAUGGGAAUAAGGGAAAGGGGACAAGGGACAGUGGUGCAAGAGGAGAAGAGGUGCAAGGCAGAGAGGGAUAAGGGGGAGGGGGACAAGGGACAGUGGUGCAAGAGGAGAAGAGGUGCAAGGCAGAGAGGGAUAAGGGGGAGGGGGACAAGGGACAGUGGUGCAAGAGGAGAAGAGGUGCAAGGCAGAGAGGGAUAAGGGGGAGGGGGACAAGGGACAGUGGUGCAAGAGGAGAAGAGGUGCAAGGCAGAGAGGGAUAAGGGGGAGGGGGACAAGCAAGCAUUGUCCAAGGUAGAGGGGUUCUAGAGGUCUGGAGGUCCUGCCACAAGAGGGCAGAUACUGUUAUUUAGGUA